UAGCUGAUCGGGCAGAACCGAGGGCAGGAGCCGGAACCCCUGGGAUCAGGCCAGGCCCAGGGAUGGCAGGGCACGGCGAGGCCCCUCACCCAGCCCGGGGACCUGGGCUGAGGCUGCAGGAGUGCCAGCAUGGCUGCAAGAAACACCUGGGUGACAUCAUCAGCUUCUUCUUCCGUUUCAUCUCUGGAAACCUGGCUCGAGACAGCAGCGACAGUGAGCUAGAGCUGUCCACGGUGCGCCACCAACCAGAGGGGCUGGACCAGCUGCAGGCACAGACCAAGUUCACCAAGAAGGAGCUGCAGUCCCUCUACAGGGGCUUCAAGAACGAGUGUCCCACGGGCCUGGUGGAUGAAGACACCUUCAAACUCAUUUACUCGCAGUUCUUCCCUCAGGGAGAUGCCACCACCUACGCGCACUUCCUCUUCAAUGCCUUCGAUGCCGACGGGAACGGGGCCAUCCGCUUCGAGGACUUUGUGGUUGGCCUCUCCAUCCUCCUGCGAGGGACAGUCCACGAGAAGCUCAAGUGGGCCUUUAACCUCUACGACAUUAACAAAGAUGGCUACAUCACCAAAGAGGAGAUGCUGGCCAUCAUGAAGUCCAUCUACGACAUGAUGGGCCGCCACACCUACCCCAUCCUGCGGGAGGACGCGCCUCUGGAGCACGUGGAGCGGUUCUUCCAGAAAAUGGACCGGAAUCGAGACGGGGUGGUCACCAUUGACGAGUUCCUGGAGACCUGUCAGAAGGAUGAGAACAUCAUGAGCUCCAUGCAGCUGUUCGAGAAUGUCAUCUAGGACAUGUGGGGGGAUCCCUGAGUGGCCAUUGCCACCUCUGCCCCCAAAGAAACCUCAGUCCUGCCAGGAGCAGCCUCCAUGAGAAACUUUUUUCUAAUAUAUUUGCAAAAAGUGAACAGUUUGCUCCCGACACACACACACACACACACACACACACACACUCGCUCUUUCUCUCUCCACUCCUCUGGGCUGGCAGAGGGGGACAGGGGUGAGGGAGGACUGAGUCUGGCUGGGAGCUGGAUCAAGGUGAUGAGAGCUGAACGCCCCUGGCCAGUCCCCUCCCAGGCCAGCAGGGCGAAGCUGCCUCUGGGAUGGGCAGCUGAAAGAACAGAGUCUGCUGGCCGCUGGCCCUGGGUGUCACCAGGAAAGCGCACAAGGUCCCCUGCAGAGGAGGGUGCGGUCUCCAGAGCAAAGGCCCCACCUGCGUGAGCCCAUGCACCCCGCCCUCCUCCCACCCUUCUUGCCCACCACACAUGGGCCAGGUUCUGGGGGCUGCUCUGGCCUACCUGUCCCCCCAGCCACUCCCUGCCCACGGACUACACUCCCAGAAUGCCCCUCACUGCAGGACCCUGGAGGGGCAGCUGAAGGUCCAGGGAAUUCUGAUGAGGAAAAAGGUGGUGUUGGGGACAGAGCCUGCUGCUUCGGGGACAUGUUUCCCUGGGGUCCCAGGACGCCUGCCGCUCCACUGAGCUGGGCGAGCUCAGGUGGUGAGGGGCCAGUGGGCUCCGUUCUCCCUGCACCCCAGGAAGGGGGGCCUUUCAAGUUCAGGGAUUGGGUGUCUUGGUGGAGAAUCUGAGGGGAAUUGUCUGCCAACGCCACUGGAUGGGAGAAGCCUUCCCUUGCCCCAGUCCUGGCUCAGGGGGGCUGCCCAUACUCCUCAGGCUCUAGACUGUUCCCCCAAGGUCACUGUUGGUCCUGAGAAGAGGUCGCAUGGCCCAGGGACUGGCAGCCAGGGAGCCCCGGUGGGGGCGGCGGAGCGGGCCUGGAAGGGACCUGUCCCUCCCCUUCCCCUCUGCCGCGUCCCCCUUGGCCCAGCGGUUUGGCUGAGCACCGCCCCCCUUCCUGGUUAGGGUCCUGGAGCAGUGUGGCCACCCCUCCACCCAGGCUCACCCCAGCCCCCUAGGAAAAGCACAAGCCCCCCAAGCAGCUCAGGCAGCAGCCCACGAGGGGAGCCAAGGACACUGCUUUUCCGAGACAAGGCCCCUUGGGGGGCUAAGGCCUGGGUCCCAGCAGCCCCAAUACAGGUGGCCCUGGGGGAGAAGCACGGGGGUCCGUUCUGUGCCUCGAAGCAGUGGGGGCUCGAAGCCCAGCCCCAGCCCAGCCCAGCUCACCAACAUUCAAAAGCACAAACUCGGGGGACUCUGCUUGGCUGGGUUCUGCUCUGGGGAUGGAAGCCUGAAGCCAGAGCCAGCAGUGAGGGCUGAGGGUCAUGAAGCCAGGUGGCAGGUUGACAGAAGUCUCCAGGAAAGAGAGAGAGAGAGAUGCUGCUCCCACCUGCCCAGGCCUCCCUGAGAAGGAACCCAGCCCCAGGCAGCAAGGGCCCUCCGAGGAAGAUCCCCGUAUGAUACAUUCCAUCGGCUGCCUCCCCCCCACAUCGCUGCUCAGUCCUGGCCCCAGGGUGAGCAGGGCCCUCGGAGGCAAGGCUGGGUGGCGGGGGCUGUGGAGACUGGCCUGGCUGGGCCACGGGGGACCCUUGACACCCACACACAGGUGAGCCUCCCCCUUGGAGUUGCACUGACACCCCAUCUCCAGUCUGACUGGGGGGGGUCCCUCUCCCCUCCUCCAGGAGGGCAUCAGCUUUCCCUGGCUCAGGGAUCUUCUCCGCCUUCCCCACCCCCAACCCGGCCCUCCCAGCUGGUGUAGCUCUGCUUCUAAGGGGCCAAGGCCAUAGGAGAGGGUCACCACCCUUCCCCUGCCCACCUUGGCCUCGGGCCAGACUGGCUACAUAUGUCCAACCAGGAGGGGUCUGUCUCCCACACUGGGAUGGGGACUGGCGGCAUGUCUGCAUGGCAGAAGCGUCUCCCUCGGUGCGGCCUGGGAGGGUGGUUCCUGUUCUCAGUGCCCACCAAUAUUCAGUCCUGUAUAUUUUAAUAAAAUAAACUGGACAAAGGAGAGGGA